AUGCUGGGGCCCAGCGUGGUGGUGCGCAGCGGGGGGCUGCUCUCGGGCGCCCGCCUGGGCUGCCACGUGCGGGAGGAGGACGUGGGGCGUCACGAGUCCUUCAGCGCCGAGUGGCUGGACCUGGAGCUCAGCACCAGGCCUGAGGAGGGGUGGUGCCGGCGGGAGGUGGACGAGCAGCACCGAGAGACGCUGGAGCAUCGUGGGGAGAUGCGGGUGCUGGAGCAGCGCUCGCCCUGGGGGCUGCUGCGGGUGGGGUUCCUGGGGCAGCCCCUGGCCCAGCACCUCCUGCCCUACGCCCGCACCCUGCCCCUGCCCCUCUUCGCCCCCCCGGACCUCCGCGGUGCCAAGGCGGGGGUCCCCCGCACCCUCUCCCGCUCCCUCUCCCACGAGGCCCAGCGGGGCUGAGGGUGAUGGUGGGGCUGGCUGGGGGGGGAGCCGGGGGGG